AUGUCUGCGGAGGCGCGCUCGACCGCCUGGACGGACGCUGUUCGCGUGGCGAGCGGCGCGGCCGCCGAUGCCGACCGAGCGGCCGCCCAACAAGCGCAGGCCGGCCUCACCGACGAGGAAUUUCGUCAAGAAGUCUCCGCCCGUCAGGAGGAGCUCAAGGUCUUGCGGGCUAAGAGGGACACGAACUCCAAAGCCAUCUUCGAUCUGGAUACCCUUCAACGACAGUGCGACCGUCAGCGGAGUCAGCUGGCUGCUACCCUCACCGCAGACCGGCGCCAGGAGGACGCCCUGGUGGAAGCUGGCCGCAAGGCCGGAAAAAGACGCAGGACCUUCGGGGAGGUGCAGAGCGGCCGUCUCGCGUCCCGGGAGCAGGCGGGAGAGCUGCGUGCGAAUCGUCUACCUCUGCCGCCUCGUCCCGCACGCCACAUAACCUUCGAGUCCGGCGACUUCCGGUUCACCCCGGCCAAACUGGCUGAUGUUGCACAAUAUCACCAGUUCAACUUCCUCCCUUUGGAUAGCACAUCGGUCAGGGACCUGGCCACGGAAGUGGCCAUCGCUUUGCCGGCGGCCGUCACCAUCCACGAGGCGGUAGACGUGGCCAACACCUCCCGCCCGGAUAUUCGGGACCUGGCCGGCCGUUUCCUCGCUGGGAUGCGCAAGGCCAAUGCCCACGCCACUGCUCCCGUGGUGUACCCUGGCUGAAGCGGGCUGUCUUCGGAGGCCCCCGGUGGGUUCCAGCAGCCAGCGCCCGGCCGCGUCAAGAAGGCGCAACCGCCACGCUCGAGUCGGGAGAGUGGUCCUGAUAGCUCGGGAGAGGAGUCUGGCUGGAGCUCGGCCGGAGCAUCGCGUCGGCCCCCGGAGCCCUCAUCGUCUUCGGUGGGUGGGAGCUGGGAGAGGACGGUGACCAAAUGCAGCGUGGAUGACGCCCGUGGCUCCAAGGGCAAGAGAGGAACCGGGUCGGGCUCGGACACCAGGGUGUCUCGCAAGCCGGGGCGCCAAAGGCAAGCAGUUCCGUCCCUUAUGGACGCGACUUCGGACGCUCGUUUCUUUUUGCGUGAUGAUUGUGUUCCUACGGCUUCGGCCCCCCCCGUUUCUUCGGAACCUCUUGUUGCGUUUUCGAACCUUCCCCCGGCUUCGGCCCUCCCUGUUUCUUCGGAAACUGCUGCACCCCCUGUUUUUUCUACCGCUCACCAUGCUGUAGAUUCAGGACUCGUGCAGAACCCUGGGUUUUCGAACCCAACCCCCCCCUCGGCGUCUGUACCACCUGUGCCUGGUGCUCCGCAGGUUGUGUUGUCUUCGGACCAUGCUUCCCAUGCUGCUUCGGUAGCUGCUGUCACACCCCCCCUUGCUGUUGAUGAUCGUGUGUUCCCACUUUCUUCGAACAUCGCACAUGCUCGUCAAGCCACGAUAGAUGCGACCGAUGCUAUUGCACGUGCGGCUCAUGUUGCUACAGUGAAACGCGCGUACAUCACCCUUCACGUGAAAAAAUCGAGAGUAUCGCUACUAUGCCCUUUUCUGCAACUCUGUUGCCGGGAGAUGGCUACCAACAGCUUCUUCGCACAGCACGUACGGCUUUAUCCGAUAUUUUGUUGGUUUGUGAUGAGCAGAGCGAUGGGUUGUUCGGUACUGAUUUCGUGCGUGGAUGGGAACGGCCUCUCGAAAAGAAACUGUUGAGUGCGAUCACCCCUGACAAGUCCUCUACUGCCGAUUUCGUCCUUUCCAUCACUGACUACUUUCAGCAAGUGAAGAGGAGCUUGGACGGCGGCGCCACUGGACCAGAAGCUUUUCAGUUGCUGUUGCGUCAUCUUGCAGAGCAAUUUGAUGUCGGCGACUGUCAAGAGUCGUUUUUGCGGCUACAACAAGUCGGCGUAGCAGAAGGUACUUCUUUCGCGGAUUACCUUCGUGCUUUUCGUUUGUUGGUUUCUUCUGUGACUGGCUCUGAGCGUACGUUGGCUCCUAGCGUAUCCAUGGUUCUAGAAAUAGUGCGGCAUUAGGCCUGCAAGCAGUUUCCAUGUUUGUCUCCGAUUUUGUACCCGGGUAUUCUGGACACGGCCGUCACUCCUUUUGCGUCGAUUGCGGAUAUGUGGGAGGCGUUCGCGCCCCUAGCGACAAAUAAAACCCCGGCUAUCGGCGGUUCAUCUUACUUAUCGUUGUCUUCGACGCGUGGCUCCUCGCAGCCUCGGCGGUCUCACCACCGCGCUCCCGCGUCUUCGGGGCCAGUGGCCAUCAGGUACUGCUCAGAACCCUGUAGUUUUGCCGGUACAAUCGC